AUAGUACUUGGUCAUAUUUGGGGAGUGGGUAUACAGAUUUCCUUAAAGGCAGGCAGGUAGGGCUUUGGAGCGCUGGUCAGAGCUGAGAGAGACUACACGCUCUCAGCUACUUCAGAAAGAGCCAGUGCCAUGGGUGUUUGGAAGAAACUAACCUUCCUACUGCUGUUGCUGCUUCUGCUGGUUGGCCUGGGGCAGCCCCUAUGGCCAGCAGCUACGGCCCUGGCCCUGCGUUGGUUCCUGGGAGACCCCACGUGCUUUGUGCUGCUUGGCUUGGCAUGGCUGGGCAGACCCUGGAUCAGCUCCUGGAUGCCCCACUGGCUGAGCCUGGUAGGAGCAGCUCUUACCUUAUUCCUAUUGCCUCUACAGCCACCCCCAGGGCUACGCUGGCUGCAUAAAGAUGUGGCCAUCGCCUUGAAGAUGCUUUUCUAUGGCCUGAAGUUCAGGCGACGCCUUAACAAACAUCCUCCAGAGACCUUUGUGGAUGCUUUAGAGCGGCAAGCGCGGGCAUGGCCUGACCGGGUGGCCUUGGUGUGUACUGGGUCUGAGGGCUCCUCAAUCACAAAUAGCCAGCUGGAGGCCAGGUCCUGUCAGGCAGCAUGGGCCCUGAAACCAAAGCUGAAGGAUACCGUCAUCCAGAACACAAGAGAUGCUGCUGCUAUCUUAGCUCUCCCGUCCAAGACCAUUUCUGCUUUGAGUGUGUUUCUGGGGUUGGCCAAGUUGGGCUGCCCUGUGGCCUGGAUCAAUCCACACUGCCGAGGGAUGCCCCUGCUACACUCUGUGCGGAGCUCUGGGGCCAGGGUGCUGAUUGUGGACCCAGACCUCCAGGAGAACCUGGAAGAAGUCCUUCCCAAGCUGCUAGCUGAGAACAUUCACUGCUUCUACCUUGGCCACAGCUCACCCACUCCGGGCGUAGAGGCUCUGGGAGCUUCCCUGGAUGCUGCACCUUCUGACCCAGUCCCUGCCAGCCUUCGAGCUACGAUUAACUGGAAAUCUCCUGCCAUAUUCAUCUUUACUUCAGGGACCACUGGACUCCCAAAGCCAGCCAUCUUAUCACAUGAGCGGGUCAUGCAAGUGAGCAACGUGCUGUCCUUCUGUGGAUGCAGAGCUGAUGAUGUGAUCUAUGAUGUCCUACCUCUGUACCAUACGAUGGGGCUUGUCCUUGGAUUCCUUGGCUGCUUACAACUUGGAGCCACCUGUGUCCUGGCCCCCAAGUUCUCUGCCUCCCGAUUCUGGGCUGAGUGCCGGCAGCAUGGCGUAACAGUGAUCAUGUAUGUGGGUGAAAUCCUUCGAUACUUGUGUAACAUCCCUGAGUUUCGAAUCAAAAGCCCUGUGAAACUCCUUCCCAGGAAGGUGCAUUCCAUAGGAAAUCCAGGACUUCUUUUGACCAAGAUUCGAAAGAACCAACCCUUCCUGGGCUACCGUGGUUCCCAGGCUGAGUCCAAGCGGAAACUUGUUGCAAACGUACGACGCAUAGGAGACCUGUACUACAACAGUGGGGAUGUGCUGGUCUUGGACCAGGAAGGCUUCUUCUACUUUCGAGACCGCCUUGGUGACACCUUCCGGUGGAAGGGCGAAAACGUAGCCACUGGAGAGGUGGAGAAUGUGUUGUCUAACGUAGACUUCCUAGAGGAAGUCAAUGUCUAUGGUGUGCCUGUGCCAGGGUGUGAGGGUAAGGUUGGCAUGGCUGCUGUGAAACUGGCUCCUGGGAAGACUUUUGAUGGGCAAAAGCUAUACCAGUACGUCCGCUCCUGGCUCCCUGCCUAUGCCACACCUCAUUUCAUCCGAAUCCAGGACUCUCUGGAGAUCACAAACACCUACAAGCUGGUGAAGUCGAGACUGGCGCGUGAGGGUUUUGAUGUGGGGAUCAUUGCUGACCCCCUCUACAUACUGGACCACAAGGCCCAGACCUUCCGGAGUCUGAUGCCAGACGUGUACCAGGCUGUAUGUGAAGGAACCUGGAAGCUCUGACCACCUAGCCAACUGGAAGGCAACAGAGUGUGGAAAUAGACACUAGUCAGCUUCACAAAGUUGCCAGGGUUCCAGAUGCCCAUCGCCCAGUAAUACUUAGA